CAGUACAAAUGCAAUGAUUUUAGUAAAUAUAAACUGCUAAAUACCUUUUCUCCUCAGCAGUUGGGGCAGUCUUGUGGCUUCUAUCAGUGUCCAGCUGAGCACUGGUUAAAGCUUGUAGGCCCUGACCUCUGUCUGGACAGUGUUGAUUGGCCCUGUGCUGAUCACAUGCACUCUCCCAAGAACAAAAAAAACCUCUCUAGCAAUACACACCAAAGUGAGCCUGAGCAGAGUGACUCCAAACCUCUGUUCUAUCAGGAGAUAUUUAGGGAACAAUGAAAGAAAAGGAGAAUCAGAGAAGUCAGGAUCAAACAUCCUUUUUACACAAUGCAGAGGAUUAACCACUUAGAUUCCACAGGGAGUAUAACAAGCAUGCUUUACUACAUAUACAGACUGAUUUUACUGUUGUGGGUUUAGUAACACUU